AACUCAAUCUGUGAAGUUGUUGAUCCUGUGAUGGUGAAGUACGUUGCCUUGGUGGCCGAGCUGAAGUGCAAAUUCCAGAAAUUCUGUCUGAGUAAAAUUCCCCGAGCUGAGAAUGAACAGGCAGAUUUACUCUCCAAGUUCGCCUCUGAUGGCUCGUUAAGUUCCAGAUCCGUUUUUGUGGAGGUCUUAGAUAAACCAAGCUUCAUGAAGCCUCGGAUAAUGGAGAUUAGCACAAACCCUGACACACCAAGCUGGACUGACUCAAUUAUCUCCUUUUUGCGAGAUGGAAUAGUACCUGAGGAAAGGCAAGAGGCAAUGAAGUUGAGGAAGAAAGCAUCUCGGUAUACACUUGUUGAUGGGGUCCUUUAUAAGAGAUCUUUUUCACUUCCUCUUCUACGAUGCUUGAAUCCUUAUGAAGCCGAGUAUGCACUUCGGGAGGUACAUGAAGGUGUCUGUGGGAGCCACGUCGGUACUAGAACUCUGGCUCACAAAGUCUUAAGGCAGGGAUAUUACUGGCCAAACAUGUAUAAGGAUGCCAUUCACUUUGUUCAGAAAUGUCCGAAGUGCCAAUUCUUUGCACAUCUGACUCACCAACCUGCAAAAGAACUCACGAACUUGGUAGCACCAUGGCCAUUUGCACAGUGGGGACUGGAUCUUUUGGGUCCAUUCGUGAAAGGGGUUGGUGGUGUAACCCAUCUGGUUGUUGGUGUGGAUUAUUUCACAAAAUGGGUUAAAGCUCGACCUUUAUCUAGUCUUACCUCCAAGAAGGUCGAAGAUUUUGUUUUCAGCUCGAUCAUCUGCAGAUAUGGGAUCCCAAAUCAAAUUUUGGCUGAUAAUGGAACUCAAUUCAAUUGCUCUUCAUUCCGAGAUUUCUGUUCCAGUUAUGGGAUCAAGUUGCAGUUCACCUCCGUUUACCAUCCGGAGUCCAAUGGCAUGGUGGAAUCUGUUAACAAAUGCAUUUUGGAAGGAAUAAGGCCGAGAUUGGAGCAGCAUAAGGCCAAGUGGGCAGAUGAGCUCAACAACGUCCUCUGGGCAUACAGAACCACGAGCCAAACUGCUACAGGUGAAACACCCUACCACCUAGCCUUUGGUACUAAAGCAGUUAUUCCUGUUGAAAUAGGAGUCCCAAGCUUCCGGGUCACCCAUUUCAAUGAAGGACGAAAUGGACAACUGCUUCGAGAAAACCUUGAUCUGCUUGCUGAAGUCAGAGAAGAAGCUCGGCUUCGAACUCUUGUAUACAAGCAGAAACUAGCCAACUUCUAUAAUAAACGGGUCCGCCCUCGCACAUUCAAAAUAGGAGAUCUUGUUCUCAGAAAAGCUGGCCUAACAGGGUUUGAAACUCGUUUUGGCAAACUCGCCCCGAAUUGGGAAAGCCCUUAUACCGUGGCCGAGGUGCCACAUCCUAGUGCCUAUGUCCUCCAAGACGCUGAAGGAAAGAAAGUUCCUAGAGUCUGGAAUGUCAAUAACUUGAAGAAAUUUUACCCCUAAUAAAAUUCUUUCAAGAAAUCUGUCUUACAG